GAAACAAAAAAAAAAACCCUAAGGUCAUUGCCAUCUUUGGCAGAGCCCAACUGUUCGCCUUUCUAGGUUUGGUUUCUGUUGGUUUUGUGUUUCUCUUUUGGAAGAACACAAAAAGCAACACCGAAAAUCCAUGGACUCUAAGCCUUAUUUUCAUGUCUCUCUUUCCACAACACCAGAGCCCCAGGCUAACGAACAAAAGGUUACACUUUCCAGCUCAUCAUCUGCAGGUUGUUUCUUAAUCCGUGCUCCUCUUACUAUAGAUGAUGAUGAUGAUGAUGGUGAUGGUGACAAAGAUGAUGAUUUGGAAUCGAAUGGUUAUGAAAUAACUGUUAUUGACAGUGGUGAUGGUAGUGGUGAAAGUAUCACUAGUAGUGACAGUGAGGGGCUUGUGAGUGGUGAGGAGUUUGAGACUGCUUGGGAGAGACCGUUUGUGGGUAACCCAGAUGAGGAAAAUUUGGAAGAAAGUGGUUUUGUCGAUAAAUACAUAUCAACUGGAUCCACUGUGGCUGACCCAGAUGAAGAAUUAUCUCAACAAUCUAUAGUAGAUGAUGAAUAUGAUGAUCCUGUUGUUGAUUUAGCUGCGGUGAAUAAGCCAAGGGUUAAGCCUUUUGCCCAUUUGACGAUGGAUGAUGAUGUCUUUGAUGAGAUGGUUUCUGGUGAUGAGAGGAUGGUGAGUGAAGAGCAAGAUGGUGUUUUUUCAUAUGUAGUUAAGGUUCCUGGUGCUGUGACUCUUGGGAGAGUUGAUAGUGCACCUAGAAUUAAGUUAAUGAAUAUAGAAGAAGGAGAAGAGGAGCUGUUAUCUCAGCCACUGUCCCCGGUGAUGCUCACUGACACUUCAGAUUCAAGUUUGGUGGAUGAUUUUGUUGAUGAACCAGUAUCAGCUGAAUCGACUGAAGAUAAGGGUAAUGGUGUUACACAGAAGACUCACUUUGAGUCCUUUAUGAAGGGUAGAGAAGAGGAUUUCGAGGUUGUUAAGAAUAGUGUUGAGGGAGGACCAGCACUUGAAGGUUCUGAAUGGAAACUGAUUGAAUCAAGUAAUAGCGAUGGACACGAGAAGAAAGAAUAUGGUGCUCUAAUAGGAAGUGGAAGUGCUUCUCUGGACCAAGGUGAUGAUAAAGAAAACCUGGAAAGUAAAAGCGAACCAGUAACUGAUAUGGGGGUACAUUUGUAUGACCCAUUAGCAGUCAACUCAGUCAAAUCCAAAGAUGGCAUUGUUGAGUGGGGGGAAGUUCAGGAUGUAAAUUUUGAAGUUUCAGAACCAGAUUCAACUCUGCAGAAUGGUAAAUUGCCUGAAACUAAUGAGGAUGACAAAUUGAAGGAUUCAGAGUUAAAUAUUUCCGAUUCCUUUGAAAUUGUAAAGCAAAGUUCCAUUUCAGACCAUGAAGUAAAACCUGAAGCAGAAGAUGAUGUUCAUUCACGAGGAAGGGAAAAGAGUUUACUUUCCGAUCAAGAAAUUGAAGAAUUGGUUUUCAGCAGUUCAGCAGGGAAUUUUCAAGAUCAGUCACGGGGAUUUGAUGGACAGAUCAUCUUGGACUCGGAUGACAAAGUGCAAAAUAAUAGUAAUGCUGAAGAAAUUGAGUUACUUGAUUCUGCUGCAUUGGCUGCUCUCUUGAAAGCCACAACUAGCGCUGAGUCAGAACCAAAUUCAACUCUUCAGGAUGGCAAAUUGCCUGCAACUAAUGAGGAUGAUAAAUUACUGGAUUCAGUGUUAAAUAGUUCCAAUCCCUUUGAGAUUGUAAAACAAAGUUCCAUUUCAGACCAUGAAGUAAAACCCAAAGCAGAAGAUGAUGUUCAUUCACAAGGAAGGGAAAAAAGUUUACUUUCAAAUCAAGAAGUUGAAGAAUUGAUUUUCAGCAAUUCGGCAGGAGAUUUUCAAGAUCAGUCACGGAGAUUUGAUGGACAGAUCAUCUUGGACUCGGCUGAUGAAGUGGAAACUGAUAGGAAUGCUGAAGAAAAUGAAUUAUUUGAUUCUGCUGCAUUGGCUGCUCUCUUGAAAGCUGCAACUAGUGCUGAGUCAGAUGGUGGUGGCCUUACAGACACCUCUGCUUCAACAGUAUUCACUCUUGAAAAUUCCUCUAGCUCAGGUUCCUCAGCUGCACCACCAAAUGUUGUUAAGGAUGUACCAAAGGACAACCUCAGUGAUGAAGAAAAAAAGAGGAUUGAGAAGAUACAACUCUUGAGAGUGAAAUUCUUGAGACUCAUCCGGAGAGUAGGCUAUUCGCCAGAUGAUUCCCUUGUUGCACAGGUGUUAGACAAACUGGGUCUAGCUAUGGGGAGACAUUCCAGUGUAGCAUUCAGCCUUGAAUCAGCCAAGAGGGUUGCUAUGCAAUGUGAAGCAGAAGGUAAAGAUGAUUUGGACUUCUCUUUGAAUAUUUUGGUGCUUGGGAAAACUGGAGUGGGAAAGAGUGCAACUAUUAACUCUAUUUUUGGCAAAGAAAAAACCAGUGUUGAUGCAUUUGAACCUGGGACUACCUCUGUGAAACUUAUCGAUGGAAUUAUAGACGGAGUUAAGAUUACAAUGCUUGACACACCAGGCCUCAGAUCUCCUAUGACAGAACAAACUAUCAACAAGAAAAUAUUAGCAUCUAUAAAGAAGUUUAUGAGGAAGUUCCCUCCAGAUGUUGUCCUUUAUGUUGAUCGAUUAGACAGCUAUGUUAGAGACGCUAAUAAUUUUCCAUUGUUAAGGUUAAUUACUAGCUCUCUUGGUUCAUCAAUAUGGCAAAAUGCUAUUGUGUGUUUAACUCAUGCUGCUUCUGAUCCCCCAGAAGGACCAUCUGGGUCUCCCCUUAGAUAUGAGGUGUUUGUUGCUCAACAAUCCUGCGCUAUUCAGCAAGAUAUCAGCCAAGCAGUUGGUAAUCUGUGCCUGAUGAACCCAGGCAUGACACAUCCAGUGUCUCUUGUUGAGAACUGUCCGACCUUUCGGAAGAAUAGAUUUGGUAAAAAUAUGCUCCCAAAUGAAGAGAGUUGGAAACUACAAUUGUUACUAGCUUGCUUCUCAUUAAAGAUCUUAUAUGAAGCAACUACUGUGUCAAGACAUCAAGAUCCCUUUUAUCAUAAGAAGGUUUUUGUCUUCCGACCUGCACCUCUAUCCUACUUGUUGUCAUCACUGUUGCAGUUUCGUACUUAUCCAAAACUCUCCGCUGAUCAGGGUGGUGAUGAAGUUGACUCAGAUUUUGAUUUUGGUGAUUUAUCAGAUUCUGAACUAGAAGAUGAGGAUGAAUAUUCCCAGCUUCCACCCUUCAAGCCUCUGAGGAAAUCUCAGGUUGCUAAGCUGAGCAAGGAGCAAAGGAAAGCAUACUUUGAGGAGUAUGAUUAUCGGGUCAAGCUCCUUCAGAAGAAACAGUGGAAAGAGGAGGUUAAGAGGUUGGGGGAGAUCAAGAAAAAAGGAGUCGGGAAGGACUGUGAUUUCAACAAUGAAGAUGAAAGUCCUUUAGUUGUGCCAGUUAUUUUACCUGAUCUUCCUCUGCCGCCUACAUUUGAUGGUGACAAUCCUACUUGCAGAUACCGAUUUUUAGAGCCCACAUCUCAGCUUCUUGUGAGACCAGUUCUUGACUCACACAGCUGGGACCAUUCCAGUUUAAGUCUAUUGCUCAUGAAUUGGAGAGGUGACUUAACUAUGGUGGCCAACCUACAGUCUCAGUUCUCCAUCGGAUUGGGUUCGAAAAUGACAGUACUUGUUGGAUUGAACAACCGGCGAAAUGGGCAAAUAACUGUAAAAUUAAGCAGCUCAGAGCAACUUCAGAUGGCACUCUUUAGUAUUCUUCCAUUAGCAAUAUCCCUCUUCAGGAAUAUUUGUUCAGGAUCUAGUGGGAAAAACUAAACAUAGUAUCUGCUGUGUGCAACCAUCGGACUAGUAUUUUUAUUCUAAUCUUAUUGUAGUCUAGUUUCCACUGUUCAUUUUUGUUCCAUCUGCCAAUAUUAGCUGUAACAUUAAUGAGAUGAACCUAUUUUGCAUAGUUACUGCAGUUCAUGAUCUUCA